UGAUCCAAAGUGAUCUAACGAAUACAGGUUAUCGUCUUCGUUUUGAUCUGGAAGAAAUAUUUUCCCUUCAUUCGUUCGCCAUGGCAGCUACACCGAAAUUGACAACAAUGCUGACGGGUUUGAAAGUAGCCCAAGCACCUUUUCGUGCACUCGAUCAUUUGUACUCUAAGAUUCUACGGGUGAUGCAGAAAUUGCCACCUACGUACCCUUACAGAAUGCACACGGAAAAAGUUAUCAAGGAUCGAACAGCUAUUUUGAUUUCUACGGAAGAUAUCGCAACCGUAGAAGAAAAAAUAGGUUGUGGUCAAGUGGAAGAGCUCAUCGUCCAGGCAGAGAACGAAUUACUCCUAGCCCGUAAAAUGUCAGUAUGGAAGCCCUGGGAGCCCCUGGUUGCCGAGGCCCCAGAGCACCAGUGGACUUGGCCACCCACAAAGUAAUUUAUAUCCAGUACUGUAGACCAAAAACAAUGUAAUUUAUCUGAUAAUGUAUAUUACCCGGUUGAAACCAUUUGCGAAAAUUAAAAAUGUGGCUGUAAAAUGAUUUAAUUCAUUCAUAUGAAUAACCAAAUGAUAAAAUUGAAUGGACGAUUCGAAUUAGUUGGAGUAGGAUUAUGAAUUUUGUCAUAUAUAGAUGAACCUGAAAUAUAUUCUAGAAGAAUCUACAAAUUA